AUGUAUAUAUAACAUUCUUCGCGUUUGGAAGGAAAACACACUAAGAAUAGCAGAAGUGCUUAAAGGGUCACUCCUUCCCAUAAUUUAUACACUGAAUCUUCUUACAUAUCCUAAAUCUUAGCACAUUAGUAAAAAAUAAAUGAUAUUCCUAACUCUAAUAAGAGAUUAUUGAAUAAUAUCAGUCCAUUAAGUCUUAAUUAUAAAGAGGGGAAAAUCCUCUAAAAAAACUACUUGCAAAAUAAAUACUCACAAUUAUUAGAAGGGAAUCAUGUUCAAAGAGCUGGUUGGAAAAAGUAUUUAUUAGAUGGUUUUAAGGAAAAGAUCGAGAAUAUCUUAAAUUAAAACAAGAAAAGCUCUAAGUUAUUUAAAAUUAAAAGAUAAUAUUUUACAAGAAGCGUUGCUCUGUAACCAACGGUUAUUCAAGAUGAUUAUUUAACAGUGGACGCGUUGAUUAAAAAGCAAAAUCCUGCUUAUAAUAUUGAAGCAGUUUAGGAUAGUUUAAUAUAAUAACAUAAGCAAUACUUAACAAAUUAGAAAAACACUGAUUAUGAUGAGAAAUUAUAAAACUUAGUAAAGUAAUUUGAAAUAAUAGUAGAUAGGAUUGAGAAGGAGGCAUUUAAAAUUAAAAUACCCACCAACUUCUAGACAGCUAUGCAAAACUACAAUGAUUAUUAUAACGUUUCAUUAGACUUCAAAAGCAAGCACAAGAGUUUAAAAAUUAUUGAUUUUAGUAAAUUUGAAAUAAAACCAAGAACAAAACAAUCAUAUGCUUUAAACUUUUGGGAUAAAGAAGAAAUUGAAGAGGAAUAUGAAUAAUAAGUACAAACCUGUCGAGUAUCUACACAAAAGGAAUGCUAAGAAGAGAUACUGGAAGAAAUUAGAUAAUAUUAAUCGAAUUAAAUUUUUUAAUAAUUUAUAGAUCUACCAAAGGAGUCUGAAGAAUCUGAAAACUAAUUGGAAUAAGCCUUAACAGAAUAAGUUGAACCAACAUAAUCAGGAAUAGAAAAACAUAAGGAAAAAAAAGUUAAGAAAAAGAAUGUUAGAUACAAACAAAAAAAGAGAUAAAGUAUAGAGGCAGUCAAUAAUGUAAAUAAAUCUAUUAAAGUUGAUGAAAUAGAAAGUAUUCAAAAUAAUAAUUAAUCUGAAAUAUUACAAAUUGAACAAUAAAGUAGUUAAAAGAUAUUUGAUCAUAAAUUUGUUGAUUACAUGUUAUCAUUAGACGAUGUUCACGAAGCUGACCUUUCUUAAUUUAUGGAAAAACAAGUUGCAGAAUAUGAUUCAUACAUAUUUUGCGACCCAGAUGAAGAAGUUGUAUACAAGCAUCAAGUUGAUUGGAAUUGUUAAAUAGACUUUUUGUUAAGAAAUAUUGGUUGA